AUGUGGAGGUUGCAAAUUGUACUCGUGCCGCCAACUGCCCAAGAUGCCAUUACAUUUCUCGACGCCAAUAUGAAUAUAAGUGAUAUCUCACAAUCAGCAUUUCCUAUGCUUCAGUAUAAUGAAAAUAUAAUCAUGAAUAGCAGUGACAAUAACGAUAGAAACUCUUUCGCUGCGAACUCAUCUUCACAAAAAGCUAUUCAAGCAAGCAAUAACAAUUCUUUUCUCAAUCACCUCCCGAAUUGUAAAAAGUUUCUACAUUUCACAAACGGUAACAAUACACUUUUAGAUCUAUCAAAUGAAAUUUUACUCAAAUUUGAUAAACUUUAUCCAUAUUUCAACGAGCCUAUCGAAAUCAUGUCUUUACGAGAUAGACACGGUUGUGAUUUGGACUCUCAAUUUAUAAUAAAAGAUGUAUUUGAAAGUGAUGGUGUCGUUUUAGUAAUUUUGAAAGAUGAAUUAGAUUGGAGUAAAAAUAAGCAUAUUUCAUUAUUACAGUUAGCAAGACAACGAAAACGGCCGAAUAACAGGUUAUCCGUAGAAUCUAUGGUUAAUGAAGGCGUAUCUUCUAAAACAAAAAAGGAUGCUAUCCACUUAGUAACCAAAAACUCGUUCAAGAAAAAGUUUACCAAUAAGUCAAGGGUCUCAACGCCUCUAAUGAAUGAAAUUUUACCGCUUGCAAGCAAGCAUGAUGCACUGAAUAAGGGAAAUGGUUCCAUACGACCUCCCCCGAUAUUAAUUGCUUCUGAUAUAAACAAGUAUCCACAAGAUCGUAACCAUGCAAAGAGAGAGCCUGAUAUAUACGAAGGUGAUAGUGAUAAAGAAAAUAUGCCCUCAAUAUCUGUUGAGGAACAGAAAAAAGAUGGCUCCAAGUUACAUGAAGUGAUAAACCCAGAUAACGUACGCAAUUCUUCAGAAAAGCCUGCUUUUGAGCUCCCAAGUGAAAAUUCCUCGCAGAUUUCGUAUGAUUCAAUUGAUACCGAUUUCCAAUUGAGCACUACUUCUAUUACGAAUUCUGAUAUGCAUACGCAAGAUCACAACACUUCUAGCGCGGUCUACAGCGCUAGGAAGAGCUCUUUAGAGACUAAAGUUCAAAACAAAAAAAGUGAGGAUCUUCGAUUGGAUGACAAAAAUAGAAGUGAAAAUUAUAGAAGAAUAGAAACAUUUUCAGAUGAAGAAGACUUUAAUAAUACGGAUAACGAUCACGUAGAUUCUUUUGUGAACAGUUCCAAGAAGGCUUUGGUGGGUUUUCGGGAUAUUAAUUCUGAUUUCGAUGGCGUUUCCUUCAAUAGUGAUAUCGAAGAUGCAGUACAAAGUACCCAGACUACCAAAAGUGCUAUUUAUCCCUCCUUUUAUUCUAACAACAGUUUAUAUCGAAAUAAAGGUAAGGAGGACUUAUUCCGCCUUGUCGAGAAUGAGUUCCCUGUUAAAUCAUUGAGCGAUGCCUCAUCUAAGUUAAAUAAGAAAGGGGUAAAGAUAAAAGACACUAUCCGGAAACUAAAUAAGUUUAAACCUUAUAAGGAAACUGAGACUCUAAGAAAUAACACUAUCACGGAAUCACGCUUUAAAAAUUGUGCUCCAAGGACAAAACUUAAUGUCACGUCUAAAAAUUCAGGUAUUGUUCGUCUGGAUACCAAGCAUCCUAAUGGUCUUCAUGGUGUUGAUUCCCUUGGUCAAAUUGCAAAGGUCGGAAGAAUAACGGUGAAGCGAAAAAUUGAUGGUGUUGAAUCAAAAAUUAUAGAAUUUAGAAGGAAAAAGAAUAUGGAAAAUAAAUCUUUGAAAGAUAUUUUUGCAAACACUGGGAAAUCGCUAAACACAAAUUCGACCAUAAAAGUAGUUAAGUUGAAGAGAGAUACUGUUGCUAAUCCUAAAGAAGAAAUGGAGGCAAUCUCUAAUAGCGCACGACAGACGCAAAACUCACAUAAGGUGACUAUGAAGGGAUCAACACCAGGAGAAAAAGAAAAUGGCCGAGCAAUGCCACCGCAGUUCAAAAAAGUUAAAAUUGCAAAGUCACAUUCUUCAUCCUCCUCAUCUUCUUCAGGUUCGCUCGAAUCCUUGUCAGAGAGCUCCUCCUCAGAUGAUUCGGACGAUAAUUCUAACUCAAGGAACGUACAAGUGAAAAAAAUUAACUUCAGGACAGGUCAUGAAUCGACUGGAAGCUCUAGUGACCAACUUAUGCUAGAUUUAGACGGGAAUGAAGCAAGUUCAAACAAAUAUCAAACACCUACGUAUGUUGAGAGCGAUGAAUUUGAUGAAUAA